AUGACUGUAUCAGCAAGAAGCUCCAACAUCACAUUUCUAUCUUGUAAAUUUAGGGGCCGAUUUUCCAAUCUGUGGAUAAAGGGGCACAAGAAAACGCCUCCAAUCCCAGGUGGAGAAAGGGGGAAGGGGCAGAGUGAACCAGAGGUAUCAUCAGAAGCGUACGCAGGUAAAUCAGACAAGUGGGACGGACGCUUCCCCUCCAGCACCCCACCCCACCGCACCCCUCGCCAGCCCGGGCCAGGCCUUCCCAAGGCCGGUGCCCCGCAGGUUCCACACAGGAAGACCGAGAGGAAGAAGGGAAGCGGACGAGCCGCCGUGCUGGAGGGACGAAGUUACCUUGAAGCUUCUGGGGAAGAAUCCAAAGAUGAUCUGUGGUUUCCAGGGGCUGGAGACCGGCGAGGGGACCGCAGCGGGGGCGGGCGGCGGGACCAGGACGUGCAGGGGGAGGUCCGGGCAGCUGCAGGGACCCGGGGCGACGGCUGUCCGGUGCGGCGUCCCUCCGGUUCCGCGGCGGUGGCGCCUCUAGGCCUCACGGCCGGACCCGAAUCUCAGCGCUCCGGCAGCGGCGGCCUCACGAUCCUCCCCCGCGGGCCCGUCCCAUCAAAUCGGCACCGACCCCGUUGCGGCUCCGCCGGUGGCUCCUCGCUCACAUUCCUGGCGGGCGGCGCCUCUGCUCGUUGCUCCGGACCCAGCGGCGGCGGCGGCGGCGACGUGAGGGGGGGGGGGCAGGGAGAGAGGAAGAUUGGAUCUGCAGCGGCAGCAGGAGGAGGAGGCAGGAUAAGGAGGAGGAGCCGCUGGAGCUGGAGCCGCCGCUGCCAGAGCCGCCGUUCGCUACCCGCGAAGGGUCCCCGUCAAUGCCCCUUUCUCUCUCCUAUUGUCAAUAUCACCGGGCGGCUGAGUCCAUGGCACACGCGCAACCGAACCUUCUGGCCAGCAGCGCCCGCCUCCGGCGCCCGCCCACUGGAGACUUCAAACGGGAAGCCAGGCCUGAUUGGCCGGCGUCUGCCUUCACUCCCCCGGCAGCAUGUUCGGUUGAGAGCCGAUCAGGGAUUGGCGGCGGGAAGGCGGAGAAACAGGAGGGUAGAAAGAGAGGAGACCAAGGAUUGGGCCGAGGCGUGAAGGACCCGGAUGCAGCCCAGGUUCCCCGGCCGGGCCGCCGCCGCUUCCGCCGGACGCUUGAGUAGCCUCAAGUGAGAGGAGACCCGGAUCGGCGGGUCGGUUUCGCGCGAUGCGGAGCCGUUGGGAGGCGAUCGUCUUCAACCAAAGGAGUCUGAGGGCAAGGGUCAGCUAAGGGUGGGCGCCCCCUUGACCUUGGUCCUGCCCUCUUUAGCGGCUAGUGGAGUCGGGGCGCGGGAGUCCCACUUAGGAUGCGACCCCGCGCUGCGCAGACACAGGUGGCCGGCCCGCGCCGCUGCGCCUCUGCGGGUGUAAAUGGGCGCUCUCCGCUGAGCCUCGCGGGAAGCCCGGACCCGGUCUGGCAAGGGUUGGGUAACGCUUCGAAUUCUCUCUCACCUGAUCUCUUUUUCCUAAACGUUUGCUUUGAAUAUCAGCUCCCUGUAGCCUGAAACCUCGGACGCCGACGUCGUCUGAGCAAGUGGGAGCGCAGUAGCCGCGCUGUGCGAUCCAUUCCUCAAGAAUAACGGCGUCGGCGGGCCAUUGGCUCAGGGCCGUAAUCCCAGCACGCUGGGAGGCCGAGGCGGGUGCAUCACUUGAACUCAGGAGUUCAAGACCCGCCUGUGACUCAAGCAGCUAAGGCGCCAGCCACAUACACCUGAGCUGGCGGGUUCGAAUCCAGCCCGGGCCGCCAAACAACAAUGACGGCUGCAACCAAAAAAUAGCCGGGUGUUGUCACAGGCGCCUGUAGUCCCAGCUACUCGGGAGGCGGGAGCAGGAGAAUCGCUUGAGCCCAGGAGUUGGAGAUUGCUGUGAGCUGUGAUGCCAUGGCACUCUAGCCAGGGCGGCAUCUUGAGGCUCUGUCUCAAAAAAAACCUGCCUGAGCAAGAGCGAGAUCCAAACUCUACUAAAAAUAGAAGAAUUAGCCGGGCGUUGUGGUGGGCACCUGUAGUCCCAGCUUCUCGGGAGGCUGAGUUAGGAGGAUCGCUUGAACACAGGACUUUGAGGUUGCUGUGAGCUAUGCUGAGGCCAGGACACUCUGCCUAGGGAGACAGAGCGAGACCCUGUCUCAAAAAGAAAAGAACAACUGUUUUGACCAGCCCGCUGCUUAGAACUCCAAACUAUAGGAGUUUCAAAAUUUUCAUUAGCAAGUUGGAUCUCAGAGUUUGUCGAGAAGACUUUAACUAUCUAGACACCUGAUGAUAUGUUUGGAGAAGUGUUUGCAUCCUUGGUGAGCCCUAGGCCAAAUGCUGCAUUUCAUCAGAGUCUAUUUUUGGAUUGUCGAUCUAUAUGAAUGCACUAUAAACAUUUUUUUGAGGGAAGAAAAGAAGAAAUUAUUGAUAAUGGGGUGGGGGGGAAGUUAUUAUUCCGUCAACUGAGAGAUAACCACUAUUAGCAUUUUAGUAUAUUUCAAGUAUUUGUUUCUUUUUAUAUUAGUAAUAGGUGUGUCCUUGUGUAGCCUAGUUUUUCCCCUCACCAUGUCAUGCUUUCUAUAUAUUAGGGAAUAGAACUAUGUGUAAAUAAAACUGUAUGUACCACAUGUGCAACUGACAACCCAAAAUGCAUUUGCAUUUCUAAUUUGUGUUGUUAAACACGCAAGUAUUGCAAAUUUCUGUGCACACGCCCAGAAAUGGCUUUUGAGUGGAAAAAUAAUUACGUGUCAUGAAAGAGAAAACUAUUCUUGCUUUGAACUGAAGUGGAAAACUGGGAAAGAUGACUCUUAGAUGGAAGCAGGCUCCCCCUACUGACUCCAGAUGAGUGGCUCCUGAUGGCUAGUGCCCAUUUUCGCUCAGAUAGAAUUCAUUAAUACUAGGUCCUAUAAAACUAUAGAAUACCAGUCUAGUUCCUCCCUUCAAGAAACUUACGUGUCUAUAUCUCAAUUUCCUGUACAGUCUUCAUGGAAGUUCAGUAUCCCAGCCAAGCAGAACCUGUUUCCUCAAUUUUUGAUUGAGAGUAAAUGCAGAAUUAAAACCAAGGAAGAUUUUGAAGCCAACUUAAUUUCCCUUGGCAACAGUUGAACUGUUAAAAGAAUAGUGCUCGUUUGAAAUGCUCACAGCUGUUGCUUAGAACAUUUCAUAGAGUGGGGAUUAUGCUUGCAAAUUAUGGAUCUCAAUAAAGACAAUUCAUUUCAAAGUCAUUUCUCUUUUUAUAAAAUGGCUGAGCAACUGAAAUGAGC